AUCUAUCUAUCUAUUUUCAUUUCCAUUUUUCAUGAAAUUGGUUCCACCCGCAGCAGUUGCAAGAUGGGGUCACCACAAAUGGAUGAAAAUAGAAGAAUAACGAUAGGCUGAGUUUGAACUGUAAUGGAUUCAAUUAUGUGGUAUGAUUACAACCACAAUUACACAGGAGUUAAAGUAGCUGAUCCUCCACGCGACACAGCAGAUCAGUAGGUAAUCGCAGUCAUCCUCUUGCCUUUUCUAACCUAGCAGAUGAGGUCCGGGAGGUCAUGAGCCAGCGUUCAGCCUGCUGUAGGGCGUGCCCAAGGCACUGAGAAACCAGACCCUGCCCCGCUUGCUUGUAACGCACUGCUGUGCAGCACUGUCCUUGUAUCAGCAGCAGCCAUGGCGAGCAAAAGGAAAUCCACCACGCCAUGCAUGAUUCCACUCAAAACCAUGAACCUGCACGAGGACCAAGAGGCAGAUGCUGAGGAACCGAAAAGCAGACCCCGGUCUGCACUGGACCUCUUCCUUCCUGGAGACGAGGGGGGCCUGGACACCCAGGAUGGCGGUGAGUCAUCUGGAGAGGGGAGCGAACUGCACAGAGGAGAGGGCACCUUCACAUGCCAGCCCUGUUACUUUGACUCCCAAGAUCUCAAUCUCUUCCUGGAUCACAUGUACUCCCAGCACCCUGACUUCCGAGCAGAGCCCAGCUUCUCGUGUCUGGAUUGCAGAUUGUCUACCAAGAGCUAUGAAAGCCUGGCCUUGCACAAUGCCCGGGUGCACUCCAACCUGGGAGCAAGGGGCGGUUUCUCAGAAGGGAUGGCCUGGCAGGUGGGCAGGAAAGUCGGGCGGACGGUUGUGGAGCAGAGCCUGGUAACAACUGACGGCUUGGAGGGAGGGAGGGAGUCGGAGAUAUCGAUCACUAAGACUCCAAUCAUGAAGAUGCUAAAAGGGAAGUCAGAAUCUAAGAGGAUCUUGGUAUCCCAUUCAGGAGAUGAGCCUGAUGCCAGCAGCCGCAGCAGUGAACCUGAGAAGAAGGAAAUUGUGGUAACAACAGCAGCGACAACGGUUGUUCCUAAUGGAGCUGCCUCUAAGGUUUCCCAUCCAACAAUGGUGCACAUAGUCAACAGUUCAAGUACAAUACCAGUCUUGAAGACAGCCAUCACACAAGUAGUAUCUGUUCUCCAGAACCGGAGCCUUCAGCAGCAGGCACCUACGGUGCCAAAGUCUUCAAGUCACCUCCCCAAAGUUAUGAUCCCACUGAGUAGCAUUCCUACUUACAACGCCGCAAUGGAUACCAACUGUUUCCUCAAGACCUCCUUCAGUAAGUUUUCCUACCCCACAAAGGCCGAGCUUUGCUACUUGACUGUGGUCACCAAGUACCGAGAGGAGCAAAUCAAGAUCUGGUUCACAGCCCAGAGGCUUAAGCAAGGCAUCAGCUGGUCACCAGAGGAAAUCGAGGAUGCCCGCAGGAAGAUGUUCAGCACCAUCAUUCAGUCGCCCCCCCGACAGUCCCAGCAGCAGCAGCAGACCAUCACUGUUUUGCCCGCUUCUCUGGGCUCCAAUGGCAUGCACCACAUCCUCCAGGGCAGCUUGCUGGGGCAAACAGGGGUGAUUGUCACUCAGCCUGUGAUGGCAAAUGGCAUCCAGGUCAGCAGAUCUCCCAUGGCCCUGGCCGUCACCCCAAAGCCUCAGGUGGCGACCAGACCUCAAAUGGCAGUCAGGCCUACUGCCGCCCUUGUGGCUGAUAAAGGAGCAGCCAUGAUUGUUAGUACCCCCAGCAGCAGCAGCAGCAGCAUCAACAGCAGCGGUAGCAGCAGCAGCAUCAAAGUGGUGGGAUCAUUGCCUCCCGUUGUGAAUGUCACCCCCAGCACCCGUACCCUCCCCAGCAGCAUUCUGGACCCCAGCUUCUACAAGAACAAGAAAUCACAGGAGCAGCUGACAGCCCUCAAGCAGAGCUUCUUCCGCAACCAGUUCCCCCAGCAGGAAGAGGUGGAGCGGCUCACCAGAAUCACAGGGCUGUCCACCCGCGAGGUGCGCAAGUGGUUCAGUGACCGACGCUACCAUUACCGGAAUCUGAAGGGCACACGUUCCUUCAUGGGGAGUGUGAUCAGCGGGGGUGUUGGAGGAGCCUCCCUACUAGACAGUGUGGAUAGCUCACCCUCUUUAGCAAGCCACUCUCCUUCUCAGCAGCAUCACCACAACACCCACCACCACCAGAAGCAGCAGCAGCAAGCACCAUCCACUCCUUCCCGACGGGCAACCUGGCACCAGACCCCAGAUUUUACAGCCAUCCGCUACAAGGAACGGGACCCGCAGCAGGUGCGUGCCCUGGAAGCCAGCUUCAUUGCAAACCAUGAACCCUCUGGGGAUGAAGUGGACAGGCUACGUGUCGAGACUAAGAUGACCCGCCGGGAGAUCGAUGGCUGGUUCUCAGAGCGCCGGAAGAAAGCUGCUGCUGAUAAGGAGAAGCAAGAGAAGGAGGAGGAUGAGGACUACGGAGAGGAGGAGUUCUCGGGAGAAAAGGCAAGAGCUCAGAGACGAGAGGGAGAUGACUGGCAGAAGGAGUCGUCUGCAACCGAGCUCAAGGUCAGCCCCAUCAAGAUCAACCUAAAGAUGCUGAAGGUGACAGAGUCCGUCAACGGCAAGCAUGGCCCUCACAACACGGAGGUAAGCCCACCUGCACAAACAGAGAGCCCCAAGGUAUCCCCAGGCAUGUCUUCCCGCAGUAAGAAGACCCCAGAGCAGCUCCAUGUACUCAAGCAGCUGUUUGCCCGCACACAGUGGCCCUCCAAUGUCCAGUAUGACCAGCUAUCUUCCCAGACCAGCCUCCUUCGGUCGGAGGUGGUUCGCUGGUUUGGGGACAGUCGCUAUGUCUUCAAGAAUGGGCAACUGAGGUGGUUAGAAGAGUAUCAGCGACUAACUGAUGAGCAGGAGAAGGGGGACAUAGGAGUGCUGGAGGACCACCAGACCAUCCCUAAGACACUGCAGGAGAAGGAGCUAGUGGAAACGAGCAGGCUUAAAGAAGAGGUCCAGGGAUGGUCCUCCAAGCACACUACUGAAGAGGGGGAAACCAAAGGAAGUGUCGAGGAGACUGCAGAUGGAAAGGGGGUCCAGAAGCUGAGGGAUGUGGACGAGAGGUCAGAGAACUCUGAGAACAGUGGAGGUGGCUGUGAGUCGGAGAUCUCAAAGGAAGACAGAACAUCACAGGAACCUGAACUGUCAUAUUCUCUGAACUCGGCUGCAAUCAAGUUAGAAGCAGACUGACAAUCAGGUACACAGAGUGGUGGUUUAACAACAAUAAGACUGGGAUUGUAGGACUGGACUGCAUGUGACCGCUAUGGAAUUGGAGAGAGAACUGGACUGUGCCUUAGGAGGGGCACUGUAAGCCCCCAGCAGUGCCAGAGGGACCAGGACAGGGCGCCAACUAGGCCGGCAGAAUGAACCAGAUUGCUGCCUGUUCAUUUAGUCAGGGUGAGAGGGACAGGCAUUCCCUGACUGCAUCUGGAGAUAAAUAAAAAGGAACAAAACUGUUGUAAGGUUAAUCAAGCCUGUCUUAAAAGAAAAGAUAAACAUCUUUCCGCAGAAUUUGCAAAAUGUGGAUUGACUGACCGACCGUUUUAUUUAGUUUUUGGUUUUUUUUAAUGUUUUUUAAUGAUGGGGUGAGGGGAGUUAUGCAUUGAUCACUUUUAAAUGUAUCACACAGAGGAUUUCAAGAAAGUGGACUGGGAGAUUUGAUUUCCCAGAUCUGACGUAACAUUGGAUUUUGGCAAUCAUUUUGACCAUUUUUACAUUUUACUAAUCCUCAUCUUAAUAACAAAAGACGAAGAAACUGUUUCCAAUAGAGACGUGGAAAAUAAACAGAGGUACAUACCA